AUGACCCCUUCAACAGACUGGCAAUCAGAUCCUAGAAUAGCUUACGACCAAGCCCGGCGGUGCUGGAUUUUUGAAGACGGAGACAUUGAAUACGUAUACGACGAAACAGCUGGUCAAUGGCGUGAAGACAAUGGUGACGGCGAGGCCAACGAGGGAGGUACCACAGCUCCUCCUCCGCGCAAAAAACACAAAAAGCAGCAACAGCAGCAACAACAGAAACAUGUCGAAGACAAGCGCGAGCGGCCCAACUGUGGUGUAUAUGUUUCCGGACUACCGCGGGAUGUGGAUCCAGAGCAACUGAAGACACAACUGGCAGAAGCUUUUGGCAAGUACGGUGUGUUAGCAGUUGAUGCGGCGGGAGGUCCGCGUGUCAAGGUAUAUGGAGCUCGGGAUGUGGAUUUAAAGGAGAAAGAUAAUGAGAAAGAUAAGGAAGAGAAAGAGAAACAAGUAUUGGAUUUGAAAGAUAAAGAUAAAGAAAAACUACAAGACUUAAAAGAAGAACCUACAAAAGAGGCAAAAGAACCAACAAAAGAGACUACAGAAGAGACUACAAAAGAACCAACAAAAGAGACUACAAAAGAGGCUACACAAGAACACAAAAAAGACCUAAACGGGGGCGACGCGCUUGUCAUUUUCUUUCGACCAGAAAGCGUGGCACUGGCUGUUGAAAUGACUGACAAUGCCGAUCUAUGGCUACAAGGACCUGGCGGCCCGCCCACACGUGUGCACGUGGAGCCUGCGAAAUUCAAGGCGAAGCCCUCGGACUCCAAGCCAGCUGAAAAAAAGACUGUGUCUGGGUACGAGAAAACUAAGGCGAUGCGAGCGCGGGCCAAACUCGAGGCCAAGGUAUCUACAUGGGACGAUGAUGAUGAGAAGGGAGGAAGUGGUGACACGAGGGCUGGAGCAAAUAAGGCGAGAUGGGCACGGGAUGUUAUUUUGGAAAAUGUAUUUGGGGUAGAAGAACUACACCCUGGUGGGAAGCCUAGUGUUGAUGCUGGGGCUCUUGCUGAGCUUGAAGCGGAUAUUCUGAGUGGUGCGGAAGCUAUUGGGGUUGUACGUGGGGUGACUGUUUAUGAUUUGGAAAAGGAUGGAGUUGUAAGUGUUCGGUUUGAAAGUGCAGAAGAAGCAGAAGCAUGUGUACGAGUGAUGGAUGGAAGAUGGUUUGGAGGGAGAAAGCUAAGAGCAGAAAUAAGUGAUGGACGACGUAGGUUCCGGAAAAGUGGAGGUGGUAAUAGGACUAAGACAGAGGAAGAGGAAGGUGGAGAGAAGGAUGAAGAGGAAGAGAGAUUGGAAGAGUUUGGUAAAUGGCUUGAGAGAGAUGAGAAGACGGAAAAGAGAUGA